UAUAUAUCAAAGCCGCCGGAUUCAGUUUUAAAGAUGACACAGUUAUAUAUUGGAAACUUACCCGAUGAUUGCUCAGAAGAUUUUUUAAGAAACCGAUUUGAAAACCAUGGAAAGAUAAAAGAGAUAUUACUGAAAGGGAAGUUUGCAUUUUUGGAAUACCAUGAUCCCAGAUCUGCUGAGUCAGCGAUCAAACACGAGAAGGAGUUGCUUGACAGUUCCAACAACCUGCUUCUUGAUGUAGAACUGGCGAACAAACAAGUGAAGCCAAUGAAGGGGCCGGUCACGCUGCACAUACUGAACUUAUCUAGCAGCGUUAAUUGGGAGAAACUAAAGAUUAUGCUGGGGAGUGUUGGUAAUCUACAGAAGGCGGAGUUGAUGGAUGACGGAGACGAUAGUAAGUGGAAGAGAGGAAUCGUGACGUAUGAUUUGAAGGAGGACGCUCAGAAUGCCAUAGAACGCUUCCACGAGACUCCUUUUGAAAACACUCGGUUACAGAUAAUCUGUCCUGAACCCGGGCCAAAUUCCCCCCUCAAGCAAGACAAAUCCCGAUCAAGGAAGGUGUCAUGUGACGGGAGGAAGAAGGUCGACGAGACGAAGAGAGUGGACGAUGGCACGUUCCCUGUGAGACUCGUCGUACCGAGCAAUAUGAUAGGAGCUAUCAUUGGAAAGGAGGGCAAGACAAUCAGGAAGAUUACUGAUACAACCGGGGCAAGAGUGGACAUACACCGAAAGGACAAUGCUCACAGUUUAAAGAAGGAGAUCACAGUAUUCGGGAGUGCGGAGGUGUGCAACCAAGCUAUCGCCAUGAUUCUCCAGAUCAUGCAAGACGAACGGGCUACCCUCAGCAAGCCCCAGAUGUUGUCAUACAAAUCGGCGGUAUUAGAGUUGUUGGUCCACCACAACCUUCUUAUCAAGAUGUUUGGAGACCGGUACAACGGCCUUAUGCAACUCAUGGAACGAACUAUGACUGAGAUAACGAUAACCCAGUCGGACGAACUAGGUAAGAAAUCCUCUACAGAUCGUCACGUGAAUAUCAUGGGUACACCGGAGAACUGCUGCGCUGCACAGCUUGAGAUAAGCGCUAUGAACAAGGAUGCGUUUGAGGUUGACAUGGCAAGGAUCUACCAGAUCGCACCACCCACUAACACACAUGUGACCGACUGUCCACCGCUCAUUACAUCUUCACAUUCCACAACCGAAAUCUCUUCAUCACACCGACCAACGAUAACCCAGGGCAACCCUGGCAAUGGAAGUAUGAACAACAGUAUGAACAACAGUACGAACAGUAUGAACAACAGUAUGAACAACAACCAACCUCCUCAUCACAGGUCCCCUGGAUCCUACAACAUGGACCACAUGAGACAACAACAGUCACAAUCACAGCAGUCACAAUUACAGCAGUCACCCAGCACAAGUCUCCCUCCACUCUCACUCCUUCUCAAUUUACCUGACCUCACCAACAACUCACCAAACCAAACUAACACAAAUCAUAAGAGGAAGGAACAGCGCGAGCUGCUGGAGAAAUUACUUGAAAUGACUUUGAUGAAGAAGAAUCAAAUGAGUCAACACAGGAACCCACCCCCCAAGAUGAGAUACGGUCCAGAGAAUCCGGUUCCUAACAACAGCAUGGUGGCAUCCCCUCCUCGACCACACCCUCAAUUAUCCCCUAACACCAUACUCCGACUUCUCUCUGACAUUCGCGGCAAAAAUAUGAACGAGUACCAACGAGAACAACAGAUGGUAUUAGCAGGACAACUGGCACAUGACUACAUGCAACAACAACAACAACAACAACAACAACAACAGCAGCAACAGCAACAACAACAACAACAGCACCAACAACAACAGCAACAGCAACAACAAGGCUCCCCUCCGACUCCACUCCCUCAAAACCAGUCAAGGUACUCGAUAUCGACUCCUAAACGUCCAGUCCUUCAAGAGUCACCCUGGAUGGAUAAGCCACCCUACAUGGAUAAUAUGCAGGGUUACAGUCCCUAUCCUCCCCGAGCAUACGACCAACGAUCUCCUAUGAAGCCUACUCGAGGUUACCCGGUGGACUACGAGAACAUCAACAUGUCGAGUCUGCUAGAGGGAUUGGAGGAGAUAAUUGGGACACAUGACGGGUCAUGUGAUAGUGGGAUCCAAGCUAGUCCUCAGGUCCAGGCUUCAUACUUCCAGGGCAACUACAACAAGCAGCAACCCAGAGCUCCUUACUGGCAGUCUGAGACAGACAAAACUGGAGCAAGGCCUCACAACCCGGUUCCUCCACCAAACCAUAACUUCAACAACAGUGCUGGUGAACAGUCUUACUACAACUCAUCAGAGGACAAUUCUAAUAAUUUCCCCAGUCUGAAUGAUUACAGUGGUCUGAUGAACUCCACCUCGUUCAUGGAAACGUCUGAUUUCCUCUCCAACUCUCUGCUCCGUAAAGGAUCUCAAUGGAGUGACCCUGAUGACAGUCUGUCCGUGUCCGGUUCUUUCACUAUCGAGAACUCCAACCUCAGACGGGAGCUGCAGUCUGAUUUGCCUAGCUCUGGUAAAAGCUAUUACAACCAAGUUCACGGAGGACAGAACCAAGUUCAAGGAGGACAAAACCAAGUUCAGGGAGGACAGAACCCUUUGAACAAUCAAUCCCACACCGGAAACUAUAAUGGAGCCUCAGAGGUUGCAGGAACUCCAGGGCUGACUACAGGAAACAUGGUGGAGUGGAAUACUACUAUUCCACUCUAUGUGGGACAGAAGAUUGAAACCAUCAAACCACAACUGGAACAAAUGACCCAAACGAGGAUUGACCUACGACAGAGCCCUCAGAAUGAACAGUUCGUUAACUUGAAGUCUGCUGGAACUCCUGAUGGUAUACAGACCCUGCAGUAUAAAAUCAACAUGGCGUGCAAGAAGGCCCUCAACGUCAUGUGAUGAGUGUAACGACGGGGGAGAUACUACAUUGUCACCUUGACAACACCUUGUGUCACCUUGACAACCAUCAUAGGAUGUCACUUCCUCUACGAGUGUUUUCGCAGCGCUCAAUUUGUAUUCUUUCUACUUCAAAUACUUUUAAUCACAGCAAUUUCGCAUUUUAUCUAUUUAUUAGCUGUUCGUAAUAGUUUGUUAAUUUGAUGAACAUAAAUUUGAUAAAUUUAAUAAUUAAUUCGCCCUCCCAUGCCCAAUCAUACGCAUGCAUACAUCCUGCACGUACAAUGUACUUGUGUUAAGGCUCGAUUAUUUAUAUAUCUUGGAUUAUUUGAUUAAGUUUUGAUAUUUUCCCUGGCUGAGUUUGUUUUUGAAUGCCCGAAUUUCUCAAGGAUUUUUGAGGUUUAUUGGGGCCCAGGCCAUGUUGGAUUGACUUGAGUUAUUCGCACAGGGCCAAGAAGGAUAUAUGUUUAAUCCGUGAUCAUUGUAUUUGGGGUUUAAUUCCCUCACAUGACCGUAUCUAUUACAAAUACACUAUUAGAGUAUAGUUAUAGCCCUUUUUUUUCUUUUUUCUGUUGACGAGAUUAUUAUUGAACGGUUGUACUUGAAUUUGUGUGUGUCACGUGCGAUUUCCUAGCAUGCGUUUAUAAGUUAAUCAUAACAUUUUCUUAUUGAAAUUUGCACGUGACUCACCUCAUGCUCAAUAUCAUUUGUUCGAUACUGAGAGUAGAUUCUUGAUCAGUCUUCUUUUUUUUCUGAAUUUAGCAUUGAUUGAAGCUGAGUCGUACCUUACAUUUACGUCGCACAAUUGGUAAAUUUGAUCUACACAUUGCACCCGAAAAUUUUCCAGAUCGUAGUUGAAAUGUUGUUUAGCGUUUCGUGGAAUCUUUGAGGUCAGGCCUCAUUGACACUUUUUCAAUUAUAAGAGUUCCCAAUAUGUUGACAAAUUUUGAUAACUUUUGAAAAUUGCGAACUUACGAUCUUGGAAAGUUCUUCGGUGUAAACUGUAAAAACUGCAAUGACUAAUUAUUGACUUAAUUGGUAGAAGUAAUGCCGUUAGACUAAAUUAAGCCGAGGUCUUUAGACCUAUAUUUUGUUGUUAAAAGAUAGAUUUAACUGAUAUCCCGCCUGGUUUAGCUAGAGAUUCAUAUAUUUGAUAGUUCGUCCGCCAAUCUGCUCCGGUGAAAAUGCUUCAUUACUAAAUCCUCAUACUAGUUUAUCUCGUUUAAAACAUGGACCUUUAAAAUUAAGUUUCUCAGAUCUGAAGUUGAUCUCUUGGUUAAGUAGUAUUUGUCACCGAGCAGUUGAUGCGACGAACAGAAAAUUACAACAUUUCCUGGUUUCAAGCUGUAAUAAUUGUCUAUAGUGUAAAACUCUGUCGGUCCUUUUUUAGUUUGGGCUAACAAAACUUAAGAUGGUCCUUAUUUCGCUGACAUUAGGGCCGUCUACAAAGUAAAGGGACCGAUAAGUUUUUUGCAUGAAAAGAAUGGACAUAACAUCUGUUACUACAUUAACAUAACAUUAUACUGCUUUAUUUUAAAAGUUUUUGAGUGCGUGUGAAAUCACUGUACACAGUACUUACUAAUUCUUUAUUCACUUCUAGUAUUUACGUAUUCCGAUGGUAGAUGUUGGAAUUUGGAUAUUGCAUUUUACAAAUGAUGUCAGUGGAGAUGCAGUUAUAAAAUUGUGGUCAAGAUUUCUUGAAUACCACGCUUAGUUUCUAUGAUUGUUUAACUUCAAUUUUGAGCCUUAACGGCAGUAUUUAUCUAUAUUUAAUAUGAAUUCGAACUUUCGUAUUUCAAAUAUACGCAUGAAUUUAUUUGCAUACAACUAUUUAUAGCUUUUUAAUUAAAUCAUUUCGCCCCUUUUAAUAUUGCAUUCGUACGAGAAUUUUCAAAUAACUUUGUUAAUUGAGAUUAUGGCAAUUUUCAUUAGUUCAUUUAUUUAAUCGCAUAAAUCAUAACGUAAUGCUGUUGUUUGUAACACGAAGAUAGUGAUAGUUUUACCUUCUAGUUAUAAUACUGUGAAGAAUUUUAGCUGAUUUCUAUUUAUGUUUUCACGUCUGACGUCUGGUUUUAAAUUAAGCUAAAUAAUAGAAAUUUUUGUCCAAAUUUGUGCACAGCCAGGUUUUCACGAUUUAAAGGAAUAUUUUGUAUUCUCCUACUUUACUCUUAUAUUUUAUAAUUUUUAUCGGGUUUUCUAUCAUAAUCAAUACAAUAACAUCAAUAUACUAUCUGUUAUUUUUGAAUGUGCAAUGUUGUUUGGUUUGUUGUUUUCCAGUUUUUCUCCCAAGAGAACUUCUGGUUUUUUGCCGUAUUUAUAUCUUAAAAUGUAAUUCUUAUUUAUCAAUAUUAUUAAUACAAGUUGAUAUUUAAGUAUAAUCGAUACAAUUUUCACGGCUGAUUCUAUGUAGCCAUUAUAUUUAUCAAUGUCAUGUUUAUCAAAAUUCUGU